GCACAGCUGCAUUAUUAGUACUUCCGCCAAAUAUGGCGGUGUAUUAGCGAAGUUGCGCCCUUGUUACUCGUCACACAAGUGCAUAAUAUUUCAUUUUAAUUUAUGAAUAAUAAAGGAUCUAAUAAGAAGAUGGCCUCAAAUAACGGAGAAGCUGGUGGUGUGAGGACCAGUGUGGCAUCACAGUUUUUCAAUGAAGACGAGGACACGGCUAUUGUCGAUAUGACCACCAGUGAAAAGGUUGUUGAUCUCCUGAACCAAGCAGCUCUUAUUGCUACAGACAGCAAACUCACGGUUCUCAAACAGGUCCAGGAAUUGAUCAUCAACAAGGACCCCUCUUUACUUGACAAUUUCUUAGAUGAGAUCAUAGCCUUUCAGACCGAUAAGUCAAUGGAAGUAAGAAAGUUUGUCAUUGGCUUCAUUGAGGAAGCAUGUAAGAGGGACAACGAGCUCCUGCUUAAACUGAUUGCCAACCUGAACAUGCUGCUGAAGGACGAAAGUGUCAAUGUGGUGAAGAAGGCUAUCCUCACUCUCACUCAGCUCUACAAAGUGGCGCUGCAGUGGUUUGUGCGUUCCAAGACCAUGUCAGACAUGCAGGAAGCAUGCUGGGACAUGGUGACUCAGAUGAAGGAGGAAGUUCUGGCUAUGCUGGAAGUUGACAAUGAUGGAGUCCGCACUCAUGCUAUCAAGUUCACAGAGUCUCUCAUCAUCACUCUUUCACCGAGGACGUCAGACUCUGACACUCCCAAGCGCCAAGAGGGAGACAUCAGCCUGGAUAAAAUCUCCAAAGACCAUGCCUAUAUCCGCUACGAUACCCUGUGCGGGGAGGGCAAGUCUGCGCUGGAGCAGCUUCUGAAGUUUAUGGUCCACCCUGCUAUCUCCAGCAUCAACCUGACCACAGCCCUGGGUUCCCUGGCCACACUGGCCCGACAGAGGCCUAUGUUUAUGUCUGAAGUGGUCCAGGCUUAUGAAACUCUGCAUGCCAACCUACCCCCAACACUGGCCAAGUCUCAGGUGAGCAGUGUACGCAAGAAUCUAAAGUUACACCUGAUGGCAGUGCUCAAGCACCCCUGCAGCCUGGAGUUCCAGGGACAAAUCAGCACUCUGCUCCUAGACCUGGGGAUGUCCCAGAAUGAAAUAACCCGUCACACGCCAGCCCCACGUGAACCGCGCAAAAGGCCCCGCCAUGAGCCAUACACAGAGGGCAAAAAGCUCAAGAUUGAGCCCGCUCUUAUAGAAGAUGAUGAAGAUAAAGAAGAGCCAGCCCCCCCUUCCAUCUCCAAGCCCUCCUCUGUGCCAGUAGUCCAGUCAGCCAUCGACCUCACUGCAGAGUUCUUGCGCCCCCUGCUCUCCCCAGAGAACGUGGCCAAUCUGGUUCUAAUCAGCAUGGUGUACUUGCCUGAUGUCAUGCCAGCGUCCUUCCAGGCCACAUACACACCAGUGGAGUCUGCAGGAACAGAUGCCCAAAUCAAACACUUGGCCAGAAUGAUGGCCACUCAGAUGACAGCAGCGGGAGUUGGACCAGGACUGGAGCAGUGCAAAGCACGAGAUGAGAAAGCUGGAAAGGAGGAGGGCAUGGAUGAAGGCAUAGGGGAGUCCUCCAAAGACCUGCUCAUCAAGCGUAAAGUACCAGUUAUGGGUCAAGCCAUCUCUGUGGUUGGAGGAGGCUAUGGAGAUAAGAGCCAAACUGAAACGGGGGAAGCCCCCCAGGUCAAGAGGCUGCCUGAGCCCAUCCUCCCCUCCACACAGAUCAAAACACCUGGGACAAGUGGGAAGAGGAAAGUGUUCAGAUUAGCUGAUGUGAUCCAGCCUUUGACAGACACCCAGCUUGAAAAGUUGACCAACAUGGCUGUCAAGCGCAUCCUGCACUCAGAAAAAGCUAUAGCACAGAGUGGGAUGGCCCAUGUGCGCGUCAAGCUGCUGUCCAGACUUGUGACUCAGUUUGAGGGGAUGAUGAAGGAUGAUGUGCUGGAGUUCAUUCUGGAGGACAUUAGGACCAGGAGCGACCUGGCCUUCUCUCUUCUCUACCAGGAGUAUAACACAUACCUCAGUCAGCAGCCCACUGGCUUGUUGGACAGCUACGACCACUGCCUCUUCACUCUACUGUCCGGCCUGCAGGAGAAGCCCGAGCAGAGGGAUGGGCUUUUCACAAAGAUUGUGCUGGAGGCUCCGUUAAUUACAGAGUCUGCUUUGGAAGUAAUACGACGGUACUGUGAAGAUGAGUCGCGGGUGUACCUCGGCAUGACUACUUUAAAAGAGCUGAUUGUAAAACGGCCCUCAAGGCAGUUCCAGUAUCUCCAUGUGCUUCUGGAUCUCAGCUCACAUGAAAAGGAGAAGGUGCGCUCCAAUGCCCUGUCCUUCAUAAAGCGGAUGUAUGAGAAAGACCAGCUGAGGGACUAUAUUGAGAAGUUUGCCCUGAACUACAUGCAGCUCCUCGUACACCCUAACCCUCCGUCGUUACUUUUUGGGGCUGACAAGGAUACAGAGGUGGCCUCCCCCUGGACAGAGGACACAGUGAGGCAGUGCCUGUACCUCUACCUGUCCCUUCUGCCUCUCAACCACCGCCUGGUUCAUGAGCUGGCCUCUGUCUACACUGAAGCCAUUGCUGACAUCAAGCGCAGUGUGCUUCGAGUGAUAGAGCAGCCAAUCCGUGGAAUGGGGAUGAAGUCUCCACAGCUUCUGCUGUUGGUUGAAAACUGUCCUAAAGGAGCAGAGACUCUGGUCACUCGCUGCCUGCACAUUCUCACUGAUAAAGUGCCUCCGUCACCAGAGUUGGUGGAGAGAGUGAGGGAUCUGUAUCACAAACGAGUGCCCGACGUUCGUUUCCUAAUCCCUGUCAUCAACGGCCUGGAAAAGAAAGAGGUGACCCAGGCUCUUCCCAAGCUUAUCAAGCUCAACCCCAUUGUGGUGAAGGAAGUCUUCAACCGUCUCCUGGGCACCCAGCAUAGCGAGGGUAGUUCCUCAAUGUCUCCUCUCACCCCUGGCGAGCUUCUCAUUUCUUUACACAAUGUUGACUCAACAAAGUGUGACAUGAAGUCCAUCAUAAAAGCCACCAACCUGUGUUUUGGGGAGAAGAAUGUGUACACGUCAGAGGUCCUGGCUGUGGUAAUGCAGCAGCUGAUGGAGCAGAGUCCUCUCCCCAUUCUGCUGAUGAGAACAGUUAUCCAGUCCCUCAGCAUGUACCCCCGCCUGGGAGGCUUCGUUAUGAACAUCCUGUCCCGACUCAUUGUCAAGCAGGUGUGGAAGUAUCCUAAGGUGUGGGAGGGCUUUGUGAAGUGCUGCCAGAGGACCAAGCCGCAGUCCUACAGCGUGCUGCUGCAGCUCCCACCAGCCCAGCUUACCAGUGUGUUUGAGCGCUGCCCGGAGAUGAGGGAACCUCUUCUACAGCACGUCCACUCUUUCACCCCCCACCAGCAAGCCCACAUUCCCGCCUCCAUCAUGACAGUCCUGGAGGCCAACAGCAAGCAGCCAGAACCAGAGGCCAUGCAGCCUGUAGUAUUGGAGAGACAGGUUGAGACACCCAUUGCAACCAUCGCAGCCAAUGUAACCAUUACACCCGUUGCAACCUUCACACCUGUUGCAACCCCUCCAGUACGGGCAGAACCUAUUCCAGUACGGGCAGAACCUAUUCCAGUACCGCUGAGAGAUCCAGAGCCAGCUCUCCAGCAGCAUCUGCCAAGUAAAAAAGAGGAAGAGGAGCCCAUGGAGGAAGGAGAGACGGCCCCCGCUUGUCAAGAGGAAACUGCAGACACCACUUUACAGGUGGAUUUGCCAGUAGUGGAAGAAAACCCCACUCCGGAUCCUAUAGAGACCGUGGAGGAACCAAUGGAGGAGGCACCUACUGAACCUUCAGAUGUCACUGACCAAUUAAAGGAUGUCACCGAAGAAGGUACCACAGAACCUGAGACUGGCACAGGAGAUGCAGAAUGAUGUUCCAUCUAAGGAGAAGUCAUAAAGUAGACUAUAAUGAACCAUUGUUUUGACUUCACCUCUGUGUUUGUACUGGCUCUUACCUGUAUGACCAUCUUGAACAUACACAUUCUUGGUCAUCCAAAAAUAUCUAUGUUAUGUGUCCUUAGUUUUGUAUUUGUCGAAAUUGCGAAAUGCACUGCGGAACUCUAGUCAGGAAAAAGAUUUACUACAAUUUAUUUUACUUUUGAAAGUCCUUAAUAGAAAAUGUAUUUGUCAUGAAAAUAAAAGAUUUGUGUUUA